CCGGUUCUUUCGCUCAGUGUGUGGUGCACGCCAACCCUUCUCUUCGCAUCACAAACAAGACUAUGUUUAUCCUCUCCACACCGCCAACCACAUUCUUCGCUACUCCUAGGGUUCCGUUCUCUUCUUCAAAGCCUUCUUGCUCUUUCAUUUCUCUGCGAUCCACAUUUUCUGCUUGUUCUUGUUCUUGUUCUUGUUCCCUCACACUCAAGCUUCAAGCCAAGGAGAACGUUGCCUCUCCUAAACACUAUCCCCCUAACAUGGCUUCCUCCGUCUCUUCUUCCCGCACUUUCCUCACUGCUAAAAACGAACAAGAGCUUCUUUCUGGAAUCAAGAAGGAAGUACAAGCUGGAUCUAUACCUCCUAGUGUUGCUGCUGGGAUGGAAGAAGUGUACAAUUACUAUAAAGAUGCUGUUAUCAAAAGUGGAGAUCCCAAGGCAAAUGAGACUGUACUGUCAAAUAUGACCGUUUUCUUAGAUCGCGUAUAUUUGGAUGUGACGGAUCCUUUUGUCUUUAAACCACACCACAAAGCAAAGAGAGAGCCUUUUGACUACUACAUGUUUGGUCAAAAUUAUAUCCGUCCUUUAGUUGAUUUCAAAAAUUCUUAUGUUGGCAACAUGUCCCUCUUCAUUGAAAUGGAAGAGAAACUUAAGCAGAAACACAAUAUCAUCUUGAUGUCAAAUCACCAAACUGAAGCAGAUCCAGCUAUUAUUGCACUGCUGCUUGAAAAGCAGCUCCCAAAUAUUGCUGAAAACUUGACCUACGUUGCAGGAGAUAGAGUCAUAACUGACCCUCUAUGCAAGCCCUUCAGUAUUGGCAGGAAUCUCAUUUGUGUCUACUCUAAAAAGCACAUGCUUGAUGAUCCGAAACUUAUAGACAUGAAAAGACAAGCAAAUACACGAAGUCUGAAGGAAAUGGCUUUGCUUUUAAGGAGUGGAUCGCAGGUAAUCUGGAUUGCCCCAAGUGGUGGCAGGGAUCGAGCAGAUCCCCAAACCGGAGAAUGGGUGCCGGCACCCUUUGAUACUGCUUCAGUAGAUAAUAUGCGAAGGCUUGUUGAAAAUUCUGGUCCACCAGGUCAUGUAUAUCCUUUGGCAAUAUUGUGCCACGAUAUAAUGCCCCCUCCACAAAAGGUUGAAAAAGAAAUUGGGGAGAAAAGAGUUAUAUCCUUUCACGGGACUGGCUUAUCAGUGGCUCCAGAGAUAAGUUUUGCUGCACCCGCUGCUGCUGGUGAAAGUCCUGAAAAGGCUAAGGAGGCAUAUACAAAAGCCGCGUACGAUUCUGUGACUGAGCAAUAUAAUGUGCUGAAAUCUGCCAUACACGGCAAAAAAGGAUUAGAAGCAUCAACUCCUAAAGUUUCUUUGUCACAGCCAUGGAAGUAGUUCAAACCUGAAUCUUCUUCGUUACCCUUUCCUCUGAUGAUCAGCUUUUUGUCCCUUUUAGAAGCAAAUUAGAAGACGUCAAUCAAACAAUUUCAGCUGAUUCACUUCAGAGGGACUGCCUAUUACUUCACCAAAUGAUUAGCUUGAUGGAAGUUUGCAGUAAAAUAUAUAUUUUUUUUCACUUUUCUUUUUGUGCAUGCCAUUAUCAGAGUUAAAUUCAUCAAGAAUCUGUUUCAGAAGGUUCAAAUUCAGCUGCUUACUGUACAGAUCCCUCUUAGUUCCUUGUCAGGUCCGGUCCAUUGACUGAUAAGAUACUAAAUAUAAUUUUCUUACCUACAAUUUUGUGUAUCAGAUUCUGUUUUAGCUAGCUUAAUAGAUAAAAGCUAAUUACUUCCAUUUGUAAUUUUAAGUCAAAUUCGUUACAUUAUAGAUGUGAAUAGUUGUUAAUAGUAGAACCUGUUCAGAAUCAAAUUGUUUAGACGACGCCAGUGCAUAAAACUGGUCCAAAUGCAAAUGGAAGGUUAUUCAUGUUGACAAAAUAAAAGCA